AUGCCUGCCCCCAAAGACACGCUCCCCCAGUACGCGGGCAGUUGCAAUCCCCCGCGACGAGCGAAGCGGGCGCGCACAGACACAACAGACACCGCCGACACCCUCUCCUCCGAGCAGACGACAACUGGCAGAAGUGCCCCAAGGCGUGCACGCCCCCCCAUCUUGCCCAAGGACCCGUUGCCCGUGCGCGACUCUCCUGCCCCCGACGGGCUUGAGAGUGACUCUGCAGACGAAGAGGAAUAUGAGCCCAGCACGCGUGCAAGUGCGCCUAGGCGCCGCGGUCGCAGGGCCGGCGGGAUGUCACGCUCUGCGCGGGAAACGCAGCGCAAACUGAACCACUCGCGUAUCGAGAAGGCACGCCGCACGAAGAUCAACGAGGCUCUGGCGACACUCAGUGCCCUCGUAAACGCUCGCGAGGAAGCUGCGGCGAAAGAGGGCUGGCUGGACCCCGAAAAAGGCAGGGUCAAGACGGAAGAGAAGGAGUUCAAGCUUGACGUCCUCGUAAAGACCGUCAUUUAUAUGCAGGAACUGAUCGAGAAAGUGAGGGUGCUGGAGGAAGGAGAAUGUCCCAGAUGCGCCCGCGAAGCACCCUCGACGUCUGCUCCAGGCCUUAAGCGGAAGCGCGCCGCGGAUGAUCUUGCGGAAGCAUCCCUCUUCGACCCCGAACCAGAGGCCGUCGAAAUCAACCGAGACGAAGAUGUGUAUGCUGACGACAGCGAGAAGGGCGAGGUCGAAGGCCCCCUCACCAGCGCCACAGCCUCUCCCAUCCUCACAACGUCAGCAUCUCGCCCGUCCGCUUCACCCCGCCUGCCGCCCAUCGCAUCAUGGCUGCCACACCCAUACGUUGAUCCGAGCUGCAUUGCCGCCUUCGCAGGCCCCAACCCGAGCACAUCGCCCGCCCAGCUGCCCUCGCCGCCGCCCUCGGGCCGCUUUCGCUCAUCGAGCUCCGCGGGGUUUGUCCCAACACUUGCCCUCCCUGCUCCCGCGCACCCCCUCGGUGCGGGGGCCCCGCCGUCCCCGCAAUCAACCGGGCGCCGUGCGAGCGUGUCAUCGCGCUCGCCGACGUGGACACCCGAGGAUGAGACCGCAGCAUCGCUGCUACUGCAGAUGAGCUCGUCACCGGGGAUGUCUGCGUCGGCGCCGAGGGCAUGCGCGGUGCUUCCUGCGAUGGCGCUGCCGAGGCCCGCUGAUGCGCCAUUUGCCGCUGCUGCCGCGAGUGCAGGGAGGGAGGGUGAGGGUGUCAGGAGGAUGCAUUUUCCUAGCGCACAGGUUGAAACACCUAGCUCGCUAUUGGGCUUGACGCGAAGAUGAUUAAGGAUUAAGAUAUUAACAACUGUGUUUGUACAAUUGCUAGAGGAGCGGUGCGAAUGCGUAGACGAAAGUUAUUGUAUACUAGUCAAUGACCAAUGACAUCGAUUGUG